CAAAUCAUAAACAACGUCAUGCCGGUUAUCUUGCUUGAUAAUUCUAAUCAUCCAUGAAAAUCAUCCUCGAUAUCUUUAUGGUAAAUCUAAAGUUUACUUAAAUGUACAAGUUAAGCGAUUUUAGCACUACGAAGGACCCUUCAGAGUCCGGAAACGUUACUUUCAUUGAAAUUUUAACUCGAAUAUGGCGCGAUAUUCAUGAACAAAGUGACGUAUUUCGAUACAAAAUAAAUAAAAUCCAGGAAAAAGUUAUCGAUGGAAAUUAUUUAUUACAUCUAAAUCCUGACAGAAGUUCAAAACGGAGAACUCCUGAACAAAUAGACAAUAUUGUUCAACCAUUUGAUGGAGAAAAAUUUAAUUUUACAAAGACAUCUUCUCAAGAAAUAAUUUUCAAGUUAUGUGAAGAUGGGGACACACAUGUUCUAUUUGUCAAUGUAAGCCCGAUAUCUCGAUAUCAUUCUUUGCUGUGCCCGUCAUUAGAGAAAUGUCUACCACAGGUUGUCACAGAAGACAGUCUGCUGCUGGUCUUGAAGAUCAUGUUUGUAGCUGCGCAUCGAGACCUGAGGAUUGGCUUCAACAGUCUGUGUGCCCUAGCUUCUGUGAAUCACUUGCAUUACCACUUGUUUUUGGAGAAGAAUGACCUGCCUAUAGAAACUGCUACCUGCAAACAUUUGCACAAAAAUGUAUACUAUCUUACAGAUUAUCCUAUCCAGGGAUUCUGUUUCGAAGUAUCAGAGAGUAACGCAUCAACAAUCGCACGAGAAUCCUACAACAUAAUGGCAUAUUUCUUGAAGAACUCAAUAGCUCAUAACAUAUUUAUAACAAGAGGAAUGAGUGUCUCUGGUUCUCUGGAAGAGGCAGUGAGGAUCAUAGUCUGGCCAAGAAAAACCAGUGCUGGAGCUAAACAGCUGGCAGCAUUCAAUGUUGCCGUCUGUGAAAUGAGUGGAUGGUUUCCUGUUUUUAGUGAAUUCGAUUAUGAAACCUUGGGAAGGGAAAAUCUGGAAGCAGAACUGAUAAAAUGGAGAAUAGAUGAUUUUGGAAGAUUAUGUGAUGAAAUAAAACAAAUUAUUAUAUAAAGUUA